UGGGUUUGUAUAUCUAAGCUGGCAUCUUGUUCCUUUAUGUUGCCUCUUAUUUUGUUAUACACUGAAAGAAUGGUUUUGUGUAUUGAUUUCAACAUAAAAAGGAUUUUUUUCCUGAUUUUCAUUCAUAUUCUCUUGGUAACGUAUUAAGUUGAAAAUUUUAAAAUCAAAUGUUAAAAAUAGCUAGGUAUGGGACAUGUUGUAGGUAGUCUUUAUAGUGGAAAUUGUUUGCCAAGUAAGAAUUUAUAGUCCAAAGUAUUCCAUCAUCUUGUAUAAUACUUCUCAUGUAAAGAAAUAGAAAACAAUUUCCCACAUAUAGCUCUGAAAAUCAGUAAAAAUUUAUCUUCAUAGUUCAAACAGGCCAGAUAUGCCACCCUGCAGUUCCUUCUUCAUAGAUGAGUUUUUCACAGGUGGUAUCUGACAAGGUCAAAGAGUUUUUUCUAAAUUCUAGGCUUUAAGCCAAGUCUCAUUUAGUCAAUAACAAAUUGUAAUACCAUACCUUGCCAGAAGAUGUAACUGAUGCCAUUUAAAACUUUUUAAGUCCCCCGUUUUUAUAUAAUAGUUUUUCAAAGUUUAUUUCUUUUCUUUUUAGAUAAAAAUCAGCGUAUCCAGUAGAAAUAGGAAUAAGAAAACUUUUAGGAAAACUUUUUAGUCCUGAAAUUUCAAAAGUAUAUGCAUCCAAUUAGAUUAAAAUUGUUUUUAUAAUUGCUUUGUUUCCUCUGGGUAGUCAGUCGCCACUGUUCUUAGAGGGUGGGACAGGAAUUCCCUUCCCUCUCUCCUCACAGGGGGAAAAAUACUUUUGCAGGAAAGAUAUUUAGAGUCUUAAAGAGAAGAUCAGAUCUCACCCAGUUUCAUCCGCGUUGCUUUAAAGGUGAUUGGUAAUAAUUUUGACUUCAGCUGUCAGCAGCUUAAUGAUGAGCCAUAUUGCUAUGGCCGGUCUUUCCCCCACCGGUUGGAAAGUUGCCCCGGAUCAAGCGGAAGGGCUACCACCCUCCCGUGAUCAAGCGGGGAUCCCCUCCUCGCUUGUCGCCCCUACAUGGCGACUUUCGACCCUUCCCAGGGUCCCCCAGUGGGAUGAAAUCAGACGCUGAAGACAGAGUUUCACCUCCAUGCGUCCGCAGGCGCCAAUGGCAAACCGGAAGUCAACACUCCUAUUUCUGAAAACAUUCUUAAUUUUCAGGAUUUUUGAACAACUGCCUAACACAGUACUGCACAGUAUAAAUGCACAGUACUGCAUUUAUAUUUUUAUGGUGUGUUUCCCCACCCCCACUCCUCAGCUGAGUAACAUUGGUUAAGGUGAUUGUUCUUAGCAUAGCAAGGCAUAAUAUUAGUCUGGGAUUCAUCUUCCAGAAUCUAAUUUAGACUGGAGUCAUAAAGUUUUUGGCAAUAAGACCUAUUGAACAUAGUCCAGUUUCUGAAUAAAGCCUAAAAUACACAUCUGAUUAUGUGAUUCAUUCAGUAUUCUAUUUUAAUAAUGGUCAGUCAGAUGUUUCUAGAAAUUUCUACUCUGGGUAGGAAUAGUUCUUUCAUUCAUUCAAACUGUUGAUGUCUCCAUAACUGUAUACAUGUUUAUGUUAAAUAUACAGUAAUAAGAAUACCUGGAAAUCUAAUAUAAACCUCUUUCUUGAGAACUGAAAGAAGCCUGCAGAAAACCCAUGGCAGCAAAAUUAAAUGUUGCUGUGAAAAAAGGUGACCUUCAGCUUGCUCGGCAGCUGUUGGAAGAAGGAGCAAAUAUUAACGCAAAGGUGGAACACGGCUGGACACCUCUCCAUAGUGCUGUACAAAGAAAUUCUGAAAAGAUCGUUAACUUUCUACUGGAAAAGGGGGCUGAUCCAUUAGCUAGGAAGGAUAAUGGUGCUACACCUUUUAUUUUAGCAGGAGUGACAGGUAAUGUGAACCUUUUGAAACUUUUUCUUGAUAAAGGCUCGUAUAUUAAUGAGUGUGAUAUCAAUGGCUUCACCGCAUUCAUGGAGGCUGCUUGUUAUGGGCAAGAGGAAGCCCUAAGAUUUUUAUAUAAGAAUGGAGCCGAUGUAAAUCAGCAUCGUGAAGUUGAUGAGAAUAAAAAGGCUGUGAAAAAAGGAGGUGCGACAGCUCUGAUGGAUGCUGCCAGCCAUGGCCAUUUUGCUCUGGUCAAAAUCUUGGUUGAGGAAAUGGGUGCUGAUGUAAAUAUCUGUGACAAUCAAGAUGCAAAUGCAUUGAUUCAUGCUCUAUUUGAGGACAAAGACUGGAAAAAAGGCAGAGAAGACUCGGCCCUUUUCCUUUUGAAAAACAACAUUGAUGCCAAUAAGAGGGAUGUAAAUGGGAAAACUGUGCUCAUAUUGGCUGUUGAAAGAGAAAGCCUGGACCUUGUGAAGGCCAUAUUAGAAUUAGAUGAAGUUGAUCUUGACGAUGCUGAUGAAAAGAACGAAACAGCAUUGCAUGUAGCUGUGAAGAAGCAAAACAAAGUAAUAGCAACGCUUCUAUGUGAAAAAGGAGUACGAGUAGAUGAUGAUGUCCUGGAUAUUGCCUGUAGAACCUACCAAAGCAAUAUGAUAGAACUUCUUCAGAAAUAUGAAUCACCAGAUAAUCCAAAGCAGCCAGAAAUAUGUAAGGAAUUCUCAAGCAUACGCUGGAGAUCAAAACUCCAGAAACUCAAUCGAAUGCAUCGUCCUAUGAUUGGCAAGCUCAAGAUCUUUCAAUAUCAAGAUUUAUGGAUCCAGAACACCACCAAAGGAGGGGUCUACCUGGGAUUCUAUGAUGGAGUAGAGGUGGCUGUGAAGGUAUUCUGCAAGGGGUCAGAAAAUGCCAAGCAAGAAAAAGUGUGCCUUGAGAAAUGCCAAACCAGCAAAUACCUGGUAAAGUUUUGUGGUCAGGAAGUCAGAAAGACCUGUCUCUACCUGUGCCUCUCCUUGUGUGAAAAGAAUCUUCAAGAGUACUUCAAGGAAGAAAAUAGCACAACUAUGGAAAGCAAAAAGAUUCUUAAAAAAAUAUUUCAGGCUGUAAAGGAACUUCAUGCCUUUGGAUUUGGCCAUCAGGAACUGCACCCAAGUAACAUUUUGAUAGAUGUCACUGGCAAGAUUUUUCUAGCAGACUUUGAUAAGAGCAGAGAAAUAACUGAUGAUACAAAAUAUUCUGUAAUCUCGAAAGACCUACAGGAUCUCCAAAAACUUAUGCUGUAUGUUGUGAUGAGAGGCCAGAAGGACUUUGAAGAUUUGCCUACAGAAUGCCCAGAAAAUGUAAAGGAACAUAAGGAAAUUCUAGACCUCCAAAGAAAACUGAAACUCUCUGACCAAAGUACCCCAGCUGAUAGUCUACUGGAAAUGCUGAUCUGUCAUCCAUAUUUCUGGUCCAAGGAGACAAAGUACAGGGUCUUAAGAGAUAUCGGGAAUGAGAUACGUGUGGCUCAUGCAAGCAAGAAAAAUGACAGCCUGAAUGCUUUGGAAUGUGAGCCUGAUCCUUUCAUGGACUGGAAAACAAAGAUUGAUGAAAAAGUACUGGAAUCUAUGGAGUUUCCAUCCAAAGAGAAAGGAAACAAGAAGGGCAAAAGACAUUAUCAGCAGGGUGUGAUAGAUUUAUUAAAGUUGAUUAGGAAUAUGGGUGAACACUACGAUGAAAAGGACGAUGAGGUGAAAAAAAUAAUUCAGGAUCCUGCAGACUAUUUUCUGAACCUCUUUCCGGAUUUAACCGUUUAUAUCUAUCAGCGUUGCUGUAACUCAGAUUUUAAGAAGUAUUUUCCAAAUGCUAAGAAUUCUUCACACCCAUAACAUGGGUCAACGGGCACUGAUUGUUUAAUGACAUAAUUGAAUGUGACCUGCAUAUUUUCUAACUAAAACCAAUCAAUAGUUUUAUCAGCAGUUAAUACUGUAUGUCAGCUUGGAAAAUGAGCUCCUCUUCUUUAGACCUUCCCUUGCUCACAGACAACAGCAAGUUAAUGUGCCCCCAGAGAAACCAAAUAAUGCAGAAUAUAGUUGUCAAAUUUACAAUCAUGUCUAGUCUGACAACACCACCCUAAGUUCCCAAAGCAUUGGGCAAAGCAUGGUGGAGUUUCAUAACUGCUCCCUCUCCAACCUAACAUGUUGUAUUUGUUAAUGAUACUUCAGAUAUAGGAGUUUAUUUGUCAAAGUCAGUUUCUAUCCAAAAAAAAGUCCCUUUUUAGUGAGUGGAGAAUCUCUGCUUUUAAGCAAGUUUAUUGUAAUGCCACGGGGACAGAAUACAUGGUUCUGCCCGCUUGACAAGGUUGAAGUAGCAACUUACAUAGUAAUGCCACACAUUUGGUCGGUUAAUAAUAUCCUGUAGCCACAACAUCCCUUUCUUGAAACCCAGAGUCCCCUCUGUCUUAUCCAAUAGCAGCAAAUGCAGCAACAGCAGCCAGAAUUCUCACAACUAUCCUUGAGGUUUCACUUCUGCUUUGUUGAGUUGCAUAAGCUAUUCCUAUAUUCUGCUUCUCUGCAAACAUAUCAGUGUUUUUUUUAGCAAACUGAAACCAUUUUACUAGGCUAAGCUACUUCUUCAGUCAGGUUUUAAGUGCGCACAGGCUUAAAGAUUAUAAAAAGGCACUUGGAAAUUAAUAUUUUUGCCACUGAAGUUCUGUGUGCGCUCUGCAGGCUGCAAAAUAAAUGAACAUGAGGCAAGUGACCAUGGGUUGCCUACCUAAGAGCUGCACGAUGAGUGAAUCUAAUCACUCACUGUAAUGGUAUGUGGAAAUGACUUGGGAGACAGGAGGAAAAGUCGUAGACUGGACAGCUGGCAUGUAAAAGAGAUCUCAGCCCACAGAAGGAUGGAGGGCAUGGAAAAUGUUUCCCUAGUAUUCUGGUGUGUAAAAAGAAAGGAGGGGAGAAAUUGCAGAAUAAGUAAGUUUAUGGCAAAGUUAAGAUACGUUUGCAAUAAAGAUAGAGCUAAUAUCCUUGGUUGUGCUCCCUGGCUGGGCUACUAUGAGCAACUAAUACUGACCAUGCAAGAAGGUCCAUAUUACAUUCAAUGCUGACAGCAGAGAUUCCCAAUUGUUCUUGCUCUUCAGUGCCUUCAUCUCAAUAAUUUUUUUCACAGUGAUCCUAGGCUUGUAGUUUGUGUGGUGUCUGACAGUUGUCAAGUAUCACUGUGGUAUCCUGUGGUGUCCCUGUGAGUUCACUGCAGUACCCUGGGAUACAGCAGAAAAGAGUUUGGGAACUGUGAAGCUAUAUUAUAAAUGGCCACGGUAAUAAUGAUUACUCUCUACACCUAGCACAUUAAAUUUCACUUUGAUUGUAUUGCUUUACAUAAAAUGCCUACAUCUCUAUGGGUCUGCAUUUAUUCCUAAUUGGUGAUGUCAUGCCAUAUAAGUGGAAUGAUAAACUGAAAUUCAUGAAAGUCUAUGCUGCAAUAAACCUGGUAUGUAAAGUGCCUCAAAA